UAGCAGUGACUCACCAUGAUGCGGUUAGCGUGUAGCGCGCAGAGUCGGCGCGGCGGGAGGACUGCGGUCGCGGGCGGCGCGGCGGUACGGCGGUGCGGCGGGCGCUCGGCGGCACUCGCGCCGUGCAGCGGUUCCUCCUCACUUCCUCCUCAGCGGAUUGGCCGCGCCACUGACUGCGCAUGCUCGCCGAUGCAGACCGACGCCCGUAACGAUUGCGCCCCCCAGACAGGGGAAAUGCGGCGGCAGAGGCGAGCGCGCGGAGAGCAGUCGGCGAGCGUCUGGCCACGUGACGCGCCGUGUCAGUCGCAGAUAGGUGGCGCCGCGGUCGAACCCGCUGUCCAACCUCCUAGCUGUUUUAUUAGUGACAUCAUUUUCAAGACCGUCUACCACCUGCAAAAUACAUAUCAGAUUAAAAUGGAUUUUUUAUUCCUAUGGCUCGUAACAUUUGUUUUGGGAUAUUGGAUAUUCAAAAAAAUUAAAGAAUGGCAGAGCUUACCACCAGGCCCGUGGGGUCUGCCUGUGGUUGGCUACCUGCCCUUUCUCGAUCGCCACCAGCCACACCUGACACUCACCGAACUAUCUAAGCUGUACGGCCCAAUAUAUGGUAUCAGCAUGGGCAGCAUAUAUGCGGUCGUCAUAUCCGAUCACAAGAUGAUAAGAGACGCCUUCGCCAAAGAAAACUUCUCCGGGCGAGCGCCCCUCUUCUUAACUCACGGAAUUAUGCACGGUAAUGGUAUUAUCUGCGCUGAAGGAGGACUGUGGAAAGAUCAGAGGAAGCUGAUAACGAGCUGGCUCAAAAGCUUCGGCAUGAGUAAACACAGCGUGUCCCGCGACAAGCUCGAGAAACGAAUAGCUUCCGGCGUUUAUGAAUUACUCGAUAAUGUCGAGAAGAGUGGAGAAUCUCCUUUGGAUCUAGCACGCAUGCUCACAAACUCACUAGGUAAUGUCGUCAACGAAAUUAUAUUUGGGUUCAAGUUCCCAGCAGGAGAUAAGACAUGGCACUGGCUGAGACAAAUUCAAGAGGAAGGAUGUCACGAGAUGGGUGUAGCCGGUGUAGUAAAUUUUUUACCUUUUAUUCGAUUCUUUUCUGCAUCGACAAGGAAAACUAUGGAGGUGUUGGUUCGCGGCCAGGCUCAAACCCACAGAUUAUACGCGAGUAUCAUUAAUAGAAGACGCAAGAUGUUAGGAUUAGAAAGGCCUACGGGUGCGGAGUACCCAGAACACGCUAAUUUGUUCAACGAACAUCCUGAAGGUCAUAUCAAAUGCGUGAAAUACAGCAAGCACGCCUUGAAAACUGAAGAGCAUUACUUUGAUCCUGAAAGUAUGAUUGCGACAGACGGCGAGUGUAUUUUGGACAAUUUCCUGUUGGAACAGAAGAAGAGGUUCGAGAGCGGGGAGGAGACGUCGUGGUAUGUGCGAGACGAGCAGCUGCACUAUCUCCUGGCGGACAUGUUCGGCGCAGGCCUUGACACCACGUCUGUCACACUCGCCUGGUUCUUGCUAUAUAUGGCCCUAUACCCCGAAGAACAGGAUAUAGUACGUAAAGAGAUUUUGUCAGUGUAUCCUGAAGAUGGUGAACUGGACGGGGCUCUCUUACCACACCUUAUGGCAGCUAUUUGUGAGACUCAGCGUAUUCGGUCGAUAGUUCCAGUUGGCAUUCCUCAUGGAUGCAUGCAAGACACGUAUCUGGGUAACUACAAAAUCCCGAAAGGAGCGAUGAUAGUACCACUGCAGUGGGCUAUCCACAUGGACCCAGAUGUAUGGGAAAAUCCUGAGGAGUUCAAACCGAGUCGAUUCCUUGCUCCUGACGGCAGCCUGCUUAAGCCACAGGAGUUUAUACCUUUCCAAACAGGUAAACGUAUGUGUCCAGGGGAUGAAUUGUCACGUAUGCUAUCAUGCGGGCUGGUGGCGCGACUGUUUCGUCGGCGUCGUGUGAGGUUGGCUGGUAAUCCGCCUUCGGAAGAAGCUAUGCGUGGCUCCGUCGGUGUGACUCUUGCGCCGCCGCCUGUCAUGUUCUACUGCGAUCCUUUAUAAUGCGGAGUAGAUCAUCAAAUAUUAUAUUAAACAAAAUUUUGGGUGUAGUGAGUAGCCAUGUCUCUUUUCAAUAUAAGAAUAGUGACUGCGUAUUUGGUGUACGUCAAUGAAUCAAAAAUUACAAUUAGCUUGUCGUGGUAACAAGAAAUUUAAAAUGGUACGUUUAUUGAAGUUAAUUCUAGUAGAGUUAUUGGUUAAUAAAAGGUUUUAGGGUGAUUUCACAAGCUUGUUUGUGCGUAGGUUAUAAUAAUAAAUUAAAAUAAAAAUUAUAAGUCUGUGCCUCGCAAUCGUAAUAAAACUAUGUACUGUAUAGUUAUGCUCGAAUUAAUGUUUAAUAAAAAAGUUUCUGUGCCAUUCAAUAAAAGUUAAUAAUAGUCACCUCAAUAUUGCAUUUGACAAUUUGUUUUUAAGUUGGUUUUGGGAUCAUCUACAUAAUUUUUGUUAGAAAAUAAAAAAAAGAGAAUUUGAGUGCG